GGAAGUUCAAAGGUCAUCUGUCGGAUCGAGGAAGUGUAAACUGUAGAUUAACAACAGUCAACUGUAACGAAAUGUUAAUGUAACAUUCAACAAGCACCUUUUUCAGAGGCUACAAAGCUUAAAAUGACGGCCAUUGUUGCUACUAGAUCUAGAUUCUUGAUAAUAUAGCGAUAUCUGAACAGAAAGGAGCCUUGCUUUUGUUAGGCAAACGGACGUUUGGCUCAUACUACACAGCAACAGGACAAAAAUGACCUACCCAGUAGUAUCACCCAUCUCUAACGAGGAAGUCACACUGACCUGUAUAAAAACAGACAGCAACAACCAGCUCGAGAUUGACUUUCUUCUCCCAAAUGGAAUCCUCAUUCCUCUGGUGGUCAACUACCUGUCCCCACUUGAUCUUAUCAAACAGAUUGUGUGGAGAGAAGCACACAACUAUCCACUGGCUAAUAGCUUAUUGCCUGAAGAUGCAUACAGUUUUUACUUCAUCAAUACAGUGGGAGAGAAGGAAGAAGUUCUAGAUGAAAGUCAAAAUUUACAACAGCUCCGCCCAUAUAUAGGACUUCUCCAGUUGGUGAAAAGGAAGGGAGACAACAAAGUAAAAACACUGGAUAAAAAAAUUAACUGUCUGAUUGGUCAAGGUUUAUCAAAGCAAGAAUCCUUUCAAGCUGCAGAAAUGUUUGAUUUCAAACAAAGAAUGACUGAGUUGUGUAGGGAAAUUGCAAUACAUCGAAGAUCACAAACACCUAUAGAGAAAUUCAGAUGGCGUUACCCACUUCGACUUCGCAAUGUUAAAACAUUACCUGAUGAAUUACAAGCCAGUAUUUUUAAUGGUCGCAUAAUAUUAGAUGUCUUCUAUGAAAAUGCGGGUCGCUAUAUAACACAUGUAGACUAUAUGUGUACACCGGAUGCAGCAAUUAAAGCAACUUUGGAAAAUGGAAAAAGAACUCUGCCACCUAAAACAGAUUCAGAGUUAUUCAUCCUUAAGGUCAUUGGACAAGAGGAGUAUUUAUAUGGAGAUCAUCCACUAAUUCAGUUUAAAUAUGUUUACCAGUGUCUGGUGAAGAAAGCUGCUCCACAGUUUUGGAUGGUGCUUAAGUCUACUCUCUUAGAGUCCAAUCCACCAGUACCAAGAAGACAGAACUCUGGGUUAAUAAGUAAUUCCCAAACUGACGCUGCUGCUAGUGUUUCUCGGAGUACUGAUGUCACAGCUUGGGACGUGAAAGCCAACUAUCAGAUUCAGAUCUUGGGAAUCUCAAGGAUUCAGCUGGCUGCUGGAUCAAAGAUGAAGUUGUAUGCUGGUAUUUACCAUGGAGCUGAACCUCUGUGUGAUGAGAAAGGAAUAGACGACUUAAUAGUCAAAGACAACUCUUGCGUAUUGAAACAGGAUAUCACGUUUGAUAUUAGUGUGGCCAAUCUCCCUCACUGUGCUAGGCUCUGCUUUGCCUUGUACGCUUUCGGAGGAAAUAAUAAAAGAAAGGAUCUGGUUUCAUGGGUAAACAUUUCUGUGUAUGACUUCAAGUAUCGGCUUCAGCGUGGGGACAGGGAGCUGCCCAUGUGGCCACAGGACAUUUUACAACAAUCAGAAGAGUACUGUUACCCCUUAGGUGGUGUGGCACUAAAUGCACAAAGCACUGAGGCAACUAUCCUUAAGAUAAGCUUCCCUGAUAUAGAAGGUUGCGGAGGCUCUUAUGUCACCUACCCAUCCUAUGAUAUAGUUUUGGAAUAUGCUUCUAAACACAUGGAACCUGUUGGCAGUAUAAGCUCUCCAAUCAGCUGUGCAGGUAUCCUCUACCAGAACCAACUGGAACAAAUCCUCAGUUGCCCAGAACAGCUGUUUGAACAAGAUAAGGACCUUGUGUGGAAGCUACGCCACUUUGUCCAAGAGAAGUUCCCCCACCAUUUAUCUAGAGUUCUACAGUCUGUCAAAUGGAAUAAUUAUGUUGAUGUUGCCAAGAUGACUGCACUACUAAAUGCCUGGCCACUUCUGCCUGCAGACUAUGCCUUGGAAAUUCUUGGCCACGAGUACCCUGAUCAUAAUGUAAGAAAGUUUGCUGUCAAAUGUUUGGAUGAAGAUCUUGGGGAUGAUGAUUUCUCCCAGUAUAUGUUACAGUUGGUCCAAGCUUUAAAAUUUGAGACUCAUCUCAUUUGUCCACUAGCAGAGCUCCUGUUGACCAGAGCACUCAAAAAUCAGCAUUUAGGUCACAAAUUGUUCUGGCUUCUCAGGUCUGAGAUCCACAACCCCUCUGUUACUACUCAGUACAGUCUGCUAUUAAAGAUGUACCUGACCAACAACCCUGAUCAUCUUCAUGUUCUCAUGAAACAACAAGAUGCAUUAAAAAAGCUUUUUGCUUUAAACUCACUUAUAAAAGAUUGUAAAGUUAAUGAUGAGGCUAAGAGAGAAGAAGCAAAGUCCAUGAUGCAAAAGGUUUUGGAGCAACCAACUUUUAGGAAAUUUUUCACAGAGCUUUCUAGCCCUUUAUCUCCUUUGUUUAAAAUGAAAGAGUUGAAAAUCGAGAAAUGUAAAUUCAUGAAUUCCAAAAAGCGACCUCUUUGGCUGGUCUGGUCAAAUGCUGACAGUAUUGGCCCAGAUAUACAGAUCAUAUACAAAAAUGGUGAUGAUCUACGACAAGACAUGCUGACUUUACAAAUUCUUCAGGUCAUGGACAACAUCUGGCAAGCUGAAGGUUUAGAUUUUAGGAUGAAUCCUUACAUGUGCAUGGCCACUGACAGGGAACAAGGCAUGAUUGAGGUGGUGACACCAGCAGAUACUAUGGCCAAUAUCCAGAGGUGGUACAACAAAAGUGCUUUUGACAAAAAGGCCUUGUUCGAAUGGCUCAAACAAAAAAAUCCAGAUGAAAAAAGUCUGAAUGCAGCAGUUGAAGAGUUCCUCAUGUCUUGUGCAGGGUACUGUGUAGCCACAUAUGUCCUUGGCAUUGGAGACAGGCACAAUGACAACAUCAUGAUGAAAACAUCAGGACAGUUGUUUCACAUAGACUUUGGCCACUUCCUGGGCAACUUUAAGAGCAAGUUCCAUGUGAAGAGAGAGAGAGUUCCAUUUGUCCUGACCACCCACUUUGUUUGCCUCAUCAACAAAAAUGGUGCAGCUCCUGACAACUUUAAGAGAUUUCAGACCAUGUGUGAAAAAGCCUACCUCAUCCUACGCCGUAAAUACUCUCUGUUGAUAUCCCUGUUCAUGAUGAUGUUAACGAGCGGCAUCCCUCAGCUGACCAGUCCAAAGGACGUCAACUACCUGCGGGAGACCCUAGUGCCUGAUAUGUCGGAGGCCGAUGCCCUGACUCACUUUAGAUACACGUUCGAUGAGGCUCUCAAAGGCUCCUGGAAGACAAGUAUCAACUUCUGGAUCCACAUGCAAGCAAAGCAGUAAAUACUGUUUCUCUUUAAGUAACAAUAGUUUUUAAAUAGCUUUAAUGUUGGGGAGUUUUAGUUUUAACUGAUCGCAGUCCCUGGCAUUUCCUUCUCCAUAUUCAAUUUUUUUUCCCCAUUUAUGCAGAGGUGAACACAAUUAGAUUUUUCUACUAUUUUCU